AUGAUUAAUAUCUUUACAGAACCAAAGAAAGACAAAUUGGAAAAUGGAGGUGAGCUAGUGAGACCCGAGAGGCCGAACACGUUGUCGGCCGGCAAGCUUCCGAGGCGGAUAUGUUAUCAAGGAGACGCGGGUGGGUAUGGUGGUGGAAGCGAUGGAACGGACGGCAGUUCCGAGGAGCAACUUAUGCUUUCGGAAUUGCCGGAGCCGCCCAUCGCGCUAUCCGAUAUAGGACCCAUUCCUCCUCCGCCUAUGUUCAGCUCGCCAAGCCCAACACGACAUCAUCACCAGCAUCCUUUGCCGCAUCCUUUAUCUGAUUCUGAAGAUGAAGAUGACCAAGACGAUGAUGACGUGGAAACUCCAAUAGAUAUGUCCCGAAUUGAGGAAAUCCCACCGAAGGAGCCUAGUUUCAAUGCGGUUCCACUCAAAUCGGCUCUUAAGAAGCGACCAGCCCCUAACGCGUCACCCAAUCCCACGCCCAUCACAACACCGCUAGCACCGAGACAGGAUCACCAUCACGCCACAUUUAAACGGCCGCCGCCGAAAACAAGGAUCCGCAUAUGCACAAACAGUCGGCCGAUACGUGUAGUCAACACACUAGAAAAUAAGGAGAACAAUCGUCCGGUCCAAUGGGAAGGUGAACAUCGCGAUGAUUAUUCCAGCGAUUCUGAACGCGUCGCUGCGAAACUCGCGAGGAAGGAAAGCCUUAACAUCAAGUUGGCUUUGCGCCCCGAUCGACAGGAACUCAUUAACAGAAACAUAUUGGUGGUGCAGAGUGAGCACGAGCGUCAAGAAUCGUGGGAAGCGAUAGGUGCUCGGCUCAUUCGACGACUGUCCAUGCGGCCCACUGCUGAAGAACUGGUCGAGAGAAACAUCCUUAAAAGUCAAUCGCCAGCCGAAGAGAAGAAACAGAAAGAAGAGAAGAAAAGAUAUCUUCUACGUAAGCUCAGUUUUCGUCCCACGGUUGAUGAGCUUAAGGAGAAGAAAAUUAUUCGAUUCAGCGACUACAUUGAAGUCACUCAAGCGCACGACUACGACCGUCGCGCGGACAAGCCGUGGACGCGGCUGACUCCCCGCGACAAAGCCGCCAUCCGGAGGGAGCUCAACGAGUUUAAGAGUUCGGAGAUGGCCGUGCACGAGGAGAGCAAACAUCUCACUAGGUUCCAUAGACCAUGA